AUGAACAAUCAAUUCCAAGGUCAAAACGAUGCUCUGGCACCAAUAGACGAUGGACAGCAAAAGCUACCACUCAAGAAGAAACUGCUCCAACGCGCUGAAAUCACCCAUGGCAGGAUACCGGGGAUCAAGAAGAUUCCUCUUCCAGCAAUUGGCAUUAUCGGCCUUGUUGCGUCGAUAAAUCUAUUAGUAUGGGCGGUUUGCGGAAUUGUCCUGCACUUUUACCCGUCAUUGAUUUCUACUGCUGCGAUUUCGUAUUCGUUAGGUCUACGGCAUGCCCUGGACGCUGACCAUAUAUCCGCCAUUGAUCUAAUGACACGAAGGCUGCUUGCUACUGGACAAAAGCCCGUCACUGUUGGAACCUUUUUUUCCCUGGGACAUUCAACAAUUGUCAUCGUCACUUCAAUCGUAGUGGCAGCCACUGCAGCUGCCGUGUCAAGCAGAUUUGACCGCUUCAGUACGGUGGGCGGCAUUAUUGGUACCUCUGUCAGCGCUGCCUUUCUCAUUCUGCUUGGUCUUAUGAAUACAUACAUUCUUUACAGGCUUAUCAAGCAAAUGCGCAAAGUCCUAGGUCUAAAAGAGGGAGAAGAAUCGGAAGCAUGGAAGAUAGAAGGAGGAGGAAUUCUGUUCUCGGUACUUAAGAGGAUGUUCAGACUAAUCGAUAGACCCUGGAAAAUGUACCCAUUGGGGGUUUUAUUUGGACUGGGGUUUGAUACGUCUUCUGAAAUCGCCUUGCUGGGCAUCUCCUCAAUCCAAGCUGCUCGUGGCACUGACAUCUGGGUCAUUUUGAUCUUCCCUAUCCUCUUCACAGCGGGAAUGUGUCUUCUUGACACCACCGACGGCGCAUUGAUGCUAUCUCUCUACAUUCAACCCGCGACAAACUUCCUCCCCCCCAAACCAGAUUCCCAGACCAUUGUCUCGGAGACUGAAAUCCUCGUUGAGGACACCGACCUUCAAACCGAAACAAGGCCGGAGUCUACUACCCUACACAAUACUCAAAACGCUCGCGACCCAAUCGCCUUUCUAUACUUUUCUAUUGUUCUCACGACGCUGACCGUGAUUGUUGCAAUCGUCAUUGGGGUUAUUCAGCUACUCACCCUCGUUUUGAAUGUGACAGAUGCCACCGGCUCGUUUUGGGACGGCGUUCAGACGGCAGGAGACUACUACGAUGCUAUUGGAGGUGGCAUAUGUGCUUGUUUCUUGAUUUUCGGCUUGCUGAGUGUAGCAUGUUACAAACCGUGGAGGAGGUGGGUUGGUCAACGCAGAACGGAUGAGGAGGAGGGUCCUACGCAUACACCAAGACAUCACAUGUGA